UGGAUGGGCAAGGCUACAUGCAACCCCUUCCAAGCGUUCUCUUCCUGGCUAUUCACCCGUCAUGGCUCGUCCGUGUGAGGGAGAGACGGGCACCCAUGAUUGGCAGUCCUCGGGGGCGACAAUAAAGAAAAGACUAUUGCUCAUAUUAAGGGCAGGGAAUCUUCCUCCGAGGGGGGGUGUCAACACCAAAGUGCAGAGACGGGUCGUAUCGUUGGACCAGAAUGUUACAGCCACAAGGAAUAGCAUCCGUUACGAUGAUGUUGCAGGGUCAUUUAGCCGGCUAGGCAACCGGAAGCAUUGCAGUGUGUAAUCCAGUCCAAUCUGCGGCCAGCCAGAGAGGGUGGGAGAAAAAGAGGAAAAUAACAAAACGGAAGGAAAAAAAGCUUAGAAGAAAAUAAUGAU